AUGGCUUCCCUCGCUAUGUCGUCUGUUGCCACGGCUUCGCUUCUCUCUUCCGCGGAGUCUUCUUCCUUCGUGCAGGGCAAGACCCUUGCUGGCACUGCCAAGACUGCAGCGGUGAAGUCCUUCCAGCGUGCAGCAGUUCGUUGCCAGGCGUCCUCCGACGCGUCGUCCUCCUCCGAGUCCUCCUCUGCUCUCGUCCUCCCCCGUCGCCAAGCGAUGCUCACUGCGCUCACCGCUGCUUCUAGCCCGCUGUGGGUGCCUCUGCUGACGUCGUCCGACCCCGCGCUUGCAGCCAACAUCGUGCAGCGCGGCCAACGGGCAGCCUACCUGAAGGGGCUCAAGGAAGAUCUCUUCAACACCAUCAGUGCCAAUAAGGAGCUUGUGCCUGACAUCCUGCGAUUGGCUCUCAACGAUGCGGCCACGUAUGACAAGGAGACAAAGACAGGAGGAGCGAACGGGUCCAUCCGAUUCAGCGAGGAGCUCUCUCGCCCGGAGAACAAGGGCCUCAAGGCGGCCCUGCAGCUGCUAGAGGGAGUGAAGGCGCGUGUAGACAAAGACGCCAAGGGCGGGCCGAUCUCCUACGCUGACCUGAUUCAGUUCGGAGCACAAUCGGCUGUGAAGACCACGUUCCUGGCAGCAGCCACGCGCAAGGCAGGGGGCGAUGACACCAAGGGGCUCAACCUCUACUUCGCUAUUGGCUCUCCCGGACAGUGGGGUUUCUUUGACAAGCAGCUGGGCCGGGCGGACGCAGAGCAAGCAGACCCGGCAGGGCGGGUCCCAGACUGGGAGCAGCUCAGCGCCUCCGAGAUCAAGGAGAAAUUCGCCGCCCUGGGCCUGAGGCCCCGUCAGGUGGUGACCCUGGCGCUGUUCCUGGGGCGGGACUUGGAGGCUGUGGAGGCGAAACUAGAGGGGGAUGAGGAGAUGAAGAAGUGGGUGGCCAAGUACAGGAAGAGCCGCACCACCGUGUCCCAGACUGACUAUGAGGUUGAUCUGAUUGGGGCAUUUUUGAAGCUGUCUCUCCUUGGAGCACCCAUUGAUACCGAGGCCUACACCUUUGAACCACCCAGGGUGCACUUGCUCCCCGCGCACUCCACUCCCCAAGCAGUCUCUUCCGCGUAUCGCCCCCCUGACUUCGCCUCGUCCUCCGCCCGCUUUCCCCCCACUUCCGCAUCUCCUUCCCAUCCCACCGCAUAUUCUCCUUCUCCUCCAGCGCUGGUCUGCAAGCGCUGGCGCAAGCUCUCUCCCGCCUUCUCCGCUCCGCGUGCCACGUCUUCCGCGCAGAUCCUCCGCGCGGUUUCCCGCCUGCCGUACGUCACGUUUCUGGACCUUCCGCGUGGCGCCGUCGUUGACUCCGUUGACUGCAUCGACAGUGUUGACUCCGCCGACUCGCUAUUCCGCGGAAUAGCCGCUGCUUGCCCGCAGAUCCGCUCCCUGCGCGUGGCGGAACAGCCUUCACUCCGCACGGCAGAAGAGCAGAGCGCCGAGUUGUCUUCCGCGGAGCUCCCCGCGCUGCCAAUGAUUUCCGCAGACCUACUGUAUGCGCUCUCUCGCUGCCGCGCGUUCACUCAUCUCCGCCUGAUCAAUUCCGCCUCCCGUACUUGCGCCGAUACCGCCGCUUCCGCCGUUGCGGAUGCCGCCGCACAGCAGCAGCAGCAGCAGCAGCAGCAGCAGCAGCAGCAGCAGCAGCAGCAGCAGCAGCAGCAGCAGCAGCAGCAGCAGCAGCAGCAGCAGCAGCAGCAGCAGCAGCAGCAGCAGCAGCAGCAGCAGCAGCAGCAGCAGCAGCAGCAGCAGCAGCAGCAGCAGCAGCAACAGCAGCAUUAG